CUUUGAUUUCAAUCAGCGCUUGUGUACGUCUCAUGGCUUCCUCCAGCUCGCCGUUGAAUGUGGCGCACCAACAUGCUGCGAACGCGGACGAUUAUGUCGCACAAGGUCUCCUAAUCCCCGCAGCGGAGGAGCACUAUAAGGCUGCAGAGGCAUUCUUAGUAUGUGUAGAAGCCGCUACGGAUGAUAACACGAAGCGAACGCUGCGCAUGCUCUACAACGACCACUCAAAGGCCGGGAAAGAACUUCAGAGGAGAAUAGCCAAACUCAGAGAAGAAAACAAAGAUCCAAAUCUUCCACAAAAGUUGACUAGCCAUGCAAGUACUUCUGGAACGAUCGCCCCUCCAACUGCGCCGCCUCAAGUGCCAUCGCCGCCCCCGCAUGCCCGCAAUAGGAUGUCUGAGUCACAGCAAGCUAUUGAAGAGUCUUUUAUGGUCCUCGGGCAACGGAGCGAUUCAGGAGACCCAUUCAACCAAUUCUGGAAAAUCACCGAAGGCAUGCUGGAUUACCUCUCUCAGCCAGUCGCCUUCGCCACCGCACCGCUUGCUCCGCCGACACCGGAACACACACCUCGCCUGCGAGACGCUAGCUCUAGCAGCGACACUGACAUAGAAGAUGCACUAUCCAGAAGGUUGUCCCGUGGAAUCGGACUCGUUAAGGCGGCGCGGUCGAGGAUGCUUACACGCAAUGAUUCUCCAGCAACAGUAUCAAAGUCUGAAAGCGGCCGAGCGGGACGCUCACAUUCGUUUCCUCCACAACCACAGGACGUUGGAUCUGCGGGUGCAGGGGAUGACUGGGACGAUGACCUCGGCCAUGAUGACGGUAAUGAUAUGGCCGACUCGUUUUGUCUAAUCCCGUCAAAGUCAGACGCGGUGGCGAAAGCCCUUCAGGAGGAGAACAUCGCACUCAAAGCCGAACUAGAGACGCUCCAGAAGCGUCUCGCGUCAGCGGAGGGUAUGCUGAAAAUGCGUCAAGAACAAGAUCAGCAGUUACGAGAUAGCAUACUGCUUGCAAGAAAAGAGGCGCAUCGUGCCAUGGUGUCGUCAAGCGUGGUCCCGCGGCCGACGCAGGCGCCAGUCGACCUCGCGUCCCUGAAUAUCAACGUACCGCCCAUCCCUCCGGCCGUCGCUGCGCUCAAUCCCGUAAACCCUGGGCGAGAUCGAGAGGCGCAACUCGUACGCAGGGUACGUGAGCUCGAAGAUGAGGUGCGAAUAGUCCGUGCAGAGAAUGAGAAACAGAAAGCAAUGAUCGUGCGGUUCCGCGAAAGGUGGGAGAAGCUCAAGGAAUCCUCCAAGCGCAAAAAGGAGGCGAAGGCUGCUGCUCAAGCUACCAACGUCGUGGAUGACCGCAUUGAUGAGGAACCUGAGGCCGAGGCUGAAGCAGAGAGAUCCGAAGCAUAGUUGGUAGCAACAUCGUGAAGGCGUGAAGGAAGACCUGCAUUGCGCAUCUCAUAUAUGAUCUUUAUGUCUGAAUGUAGCAUUGUAUCAAUAUCUCUAACCCGGAUGUAUACAAGUCUCUCGUUUUGGUCCGUGAUCCUACAUACUGAUAUGUGGCUCGUCUGAGGCGAUUUGCACGGAUUGACUGUUGUAUGGUGUAGUCCUCACCUUUAUGGAUAGCAUGGAUGAUGUUUGCUGUUGCAUCCUCCUACCGGUUC